AAUCCCCAAAACUUUUUCUUUAAUUUCUUAGAGCUUGAGAAAUUUGAACCUUCUUCCAACCUCGAGCAAAAGUAGCAGACAGGUACUGCAAUUCUGUCGUAGAGAUGGCCUCCUCCGCGGGCGAUCGCCCUCCCGUGCGCAUAUCUAAGGUCGCGGGGAGGUAUCUGCUCUUCGAUAUAGAUGAUAUCAUGCACCUGCGGCGUAGCCACAACAUCUGCUCCGUGUUCGUCGGCACGAUCCCGCAGAACCCGCAACAGAACAUAUUCAUGGGUCUACCUGUCGAACUUAUGCCCGAGGAGGCCCAGGUGCUCGUCGAUAAGAAGGUGGGAUACGUCGUAGACGACGCCGCCUUCCACCCGGCCCGCCUCUCCACCCUCGACGACGACGCGCGGAAGCGCUACCUCCAAUCCGUCAAGGCCGAGGGCAGGAAAGCGCAGCUGGCGGCUGCGGAGCUGAAGGAGAGCUCCAGGCCAAAAAUCAUUAACAAGAAAAAAGGCAAAUCCAAGACCCCAGAAGCCGAAGUAUCGAGUGAAGAAAGUGCUUUAGAAAGAAGCCGUGAAGUAGAAGACCAAUCUGAAACCACACUCUUCGCCCUACCAUCCCCCAUCUCACUUACAUCCACACCCGCACCCCCCAAAGCAGUAGAAGGAACAUCAGAAUACUCCAUAACACCCACAACCAGCACCCUCCUCUCCUCCCUCACCUCCCCCCCAUCCCCUCCCCCCUCAAUCUCCGUCCCUUCCUCAUACCCACUCUACGCACACCUACAAGACCGGGGGUACUUCAUGAUGCCCGGCCUACGCUUCGGGUGCGACUACAACGUGUACCCAGGCGACCCGUUGCGUUUCCACAGCCACUUCCAAGCGACUUCCCACAACUGGGACGACGAGAUCGCCGUUCUGGAUAUCGUGGCUGGUGGACGGCUGGGCACGAAUGUGAAGAAGGGGUAUCUUAUCGGGGGGUCUGUAGGGGGUAGCGAUGAGGAUGGAGAUAAGGGGUUGAGUGGAGUAGGGGAAGAUGGGGAAGGGAAGGUUGGUGUGAAGAGUGUAGAUGGGAGUUGGAAUGCAAAUCCGAAUCCCAAUGCGCCUGAAGUACGGGCUUUUACUAUAGAGUGGGCUGCUAUGUAGAUGGGGAUGAAUACAUGCAAAGUUUUCGUGCUUAUGAAGCUAUUCACUAUUGCAACUAUUGCUGUGAUUAU